AUGUUUGUUCCACCUAAACGAACCACACAGCUGAAUUUGAUCUCAGCGGCAGAUACUCUGCUUCAGGCAAUCAUUGCCAUGACCUUGUUGAUCUUGUUUUCACCUUCCAUCGCUUGUGUUCUCUCCUCCUCUCUCUCUUCUUCUUGUUUGCAAUGCACCUCUCAGCCCGGAAAUAUUUGGUGUUCUCUCGAAGAGAAGUGUGUUUCAAAAAUUGAAGAUUGCAUGACGAGUCCUGUCAAUUCACCACCGAAUCGGUAUGAUGAAUUUCAAAACACCUACGGAAUGAAUGUGUUAUGGUUUUUGCGAAAUUACACUACUCGAGUCGGAAGGAAUGAAACCUUCCAUAAUGAUGACCAUGACGAUGAUGACAACGCACAUCCUGGAGAGGUGUUACUUCCAUGGUAUUCACAGAUACCGACUCAUUGUGUGAAUGGAAUUGUGGAUCAUGCAAGUAAAUGUUCAUCAUUGAAUGUCGUGAUUGCAAGAAAUUAUUCUCACUCCACUCGAAAUUUAAUUGAACCCAUUCCCAUUCAACCCCAAUUAUUCAUCACGAAUUUAGAACACAUUUACAAUCAUUCGAAAAAUCCACAAUUUUAUGUUGGAGCGUUUUAUCCAGAUCAAAAUUACUUGACUCAACAGGGUUAUUUAUUUUCAUACGAAUUUCAUGUACAACGAAAAAGUAUCUAUAUCAUGAAAAAGGGGUUCAUGUGCUUUACAGAUUUAUCAGUGGCUGCAACUCCUAAUUACAGACAUCGAUUGGGAUUUGGCGUCUUGAUGGUCGAUGGAUUGAAUGGAACAUUUGCAACAAGAAAUACCUCGUUUCAAUGUGCAUUUGUGACCUCUAAAAAGAGUAUUUAUGUGGAACCUGUGUACUUUUAUACUUUUAUGAAUUUUCACUUUUUAGUUUCCAUUCCAAUUUUAAUGUGUGGUUUAACACUUGCAUGUUUUCAAGUUGUGUAUUGCAAAGACAAGUACAAAAUUUCUGAAAAUUUGUUAGACGCUGAUAUACGAGUGUUGGAUGAUGAUAAUUUUGAUGAGCAGUGGAAAUUGACUCAUUCCAAAGAUGGAUUUCGACAUUACUUUCAGAAUUCUCUCGAUCUAUGGGGCAAUAAUAAUCCACAAGAUGAAAAUCCAUCAAAUAUUUGGUGUCGAUUAAGGAAAUACCUCAAACUCUUUCUUCAGCAUAUUUAUGAUGUUUUUCCUUCUCUAUUCCUAUUUGCUUCGGAUAGUGACAUUGUGAAACAGUGUGGAACGGAUGUCUAUUAUUAUUUAUGGUUCCAAAAAUAUGUCAUGCUCUUUGUGGCCAUUUGUGGGAUCAUGUCCAUGGUGUUGUUGUUGCCCAUCUACUUGACAAGCAAACAUUACGAUUAUUCGUUUAAAGAUUUUGCAGGAAGUACAAUUGCUGCCAUUGACGUUCACAAAAGUUGGUGGACAUUAUUGUUUUAUAUUUUGAAUGGACUCAUUCCAAUUUUAGGUCUUUUAUUAAUGCUUCGAUUAAGAAAAUUAGCUCGUCACAUGAUCAAGGGAAAUUCCAAUUUUGGAAGUCUUUAUACAGUAAUGAUUUCAAAUAUUGACAAGAAUUUAAAAGAUAAGGAAAAAUUAUUGUCAGAAUUGAGAGAAUUUUUCGGACAAGAUACCAUUGCAGAUUGUCAUAUUUGUUUGGAUUUUGAGAAAAUUACCCUUCUCGAAAAGAAACUUGCAAAAUUCCAGAGACGCCUUGGAAAAGCUGCCGAACAGGAAUCACGUAAAACUGUUCAAUCUCUUCUUCUAAAUUUAUAUAUUCAAUUAUUUUACAGAAAACAAUCCUAUGUGCAUUAUUGUGAAGAGAAUAUUCAACAAAUUGAAAAACAAUUAUUGGAACUGAAAAGAGAAGAGAAUAUUGUUGGAACUGGAUAUGGAUUUGUCACCUUCUUCUCAAUGACCACAACCAAGAAAGUGUGUGACGAAUAUGUUACUGACUUUAUGGGAUUUAUGAUUUCUAAAAAGUACAUUUCGAAUAGUUUUUCUAAAAUGGUGAAUUUUUUCAAAUUAAGGUUAAACAUUGUCACUUCUGAAUUGAACACAAGUGACAGCAACAGGGACAAGAAGAGAAUGGAAUAUAACUUUGCACCUGCCUGUGAAGCUUCUGAUGUCCUUUUUGAGAAUUUAAACAUUUCCACUUCCAAAAGAGCUUCUCGUGUCUUUGUCUCGAACGUGAUUCUAUUCAUUGUGCUGCUUGUGAUAUAUACCGUACUCAUUUUGAAUAGCUCCAUUCCAUGGUAUGCCACACAAAAUAAGUCUGAUAUUUAUGACUAUGCUGAACUUUUAAAAACACCUACAGACUUUACAUUUAAACUCUUAUUAGCAUUUUUCGAACUUUCUCCAGAAAUUAUUUCACUCAUUAACGAGUUAUUUAAACCCUUAGUGGAAAAACUUGUGAAAUGGGAAAAACACAAAACGAAUAUUCAUAAGAGAAAAACAAUUCUUAGAAGAACGACCUAUUUUUUUGUACUGAGUACGAUUGUGUUUCCAUAUGGCUGGACCUAUUACAAAUCUGUCUGGAGAAUAUUCAAUUCAUUACCACCCUUUAACAAUGAAAUUUACUUUUUCAAUUUCAUUGGUAUUGAAUUGAUCAUUUUAACCAUCGUCUUGGCCACAACCUCCAAAGGUUUAGAAAUUAUUGUCAAUACCAUUUCAAGCGUCAGAGAUUAUUUCAAAACUGGGGAAUGGCAUCGACCAAUAUUCGACUAUGAAGCGGAAUACAGUAUGAAAAUCACCAUGCUCAUGAUGUGUUUACUAUAUGGAACUUGCAUUCCUCUCAUUUACAUUGUUGCCUUUUUAUAUUUUAUGUUGACAUUUUUUAUUGACAAGUAUUUAAUCAUGUAUUGGUAUGAGAGAUCGAUUGAAAGCGAUGGAAAGAUUUUGAAUACCGUUGUCGAAAAUAUUGGAAUUUGUUUUUUAUUUUUUCCAUUUUCAAUCAUUGUCUUGUUACCAGUCUUAUUGAAAAGAAAGAUGACACCUCUACUUGGAAUUCCAAAAGUUUUGAUUAUCAUUAUUGGGUUGUAUUUAAUGACAAGAAAAACCAUUGAAAAGGAAAGAGAUGCAAUUAUUAUUGCGUUAAAUGAAAGAUGUUGUGAACGUAACAAAUCAGCAGAGCAAGAUCCAACCACGUACAAUGUGACAACAGAUUCUUGUGAAUUGUUGGAUGUGGAGGACGGAACCAUGAACAAGUCGAGCGAUCAAGGUGCCAUGGGACAUGGUCAUGAUGAGAUCCAUAAGAAGGAUCAUGAUCUAAAAUAUUCCACCAUUCCACUCGUCGACGAUUGUCGAAACGAAAAUUCUGAAAGUCAACCAAUUCCUGCCAUGGAUGACGAAGAUUUUGUCAUUUUAACUCAGGCCGAUUGGUUUGAACAUUCUCUUCAAAAUGCAACCACUUCGCGUCAAAAGAAAGAAUUUGAAAGUUUCCAAGAAUUCAUAAAUGGCAAAGAGGUUCGAGUGAAAGAAGAAGAUUUGCAGUUGGACGUUCCUCGAUUGGCAAGACAAUAUCGUCACCCUUAUUUGAGAAAGAUUUUAAGAGACAGAUUUUCACAACAAUAA